AUGUACAAAUGUGUUGGCAAAUCAUGUCUGGUCACAAAAUAUAUUAAAAAUACCCUACACAAAGAUAUACAGCAUGCCAGUGCAGCAUCGUUUUUCACCUGUAAUGUUAUACUGGAGGAGGCCAAAGUCAAAUUACAAAUUUGGGAUACUGCUGGACAGGAACGUUUCAAAGCUGUCGCUCCCAUGUAUUAUCGUAAUGCAAGUGCUGCCAUAUUAGUUUUCGAUUUAUCACAAUAUCGUACAUUCAAAGAAAUCAAAUCAUGGAUUCACGAACUACAUCGUAACAUACAGGAUCCAUUGAUAUUGACCUUGGUUGGCAACAAAUUAGAUUUACAUGCCGAGCGAGCAGUAUCUCGCGAAGAGGCAUUGCUGUUUGCCAACUCAAUGGGUGCUACAUAUUUCGAAACAUCAGCCGAGACAGAUCAAGGUUUGGAACAGGUAUUUCGCAGCACUGCCCUGGGCCUGGUACGUUUAGCACGUGAAGGAAAAUCUCGAUCGCUGAGGCAAUUCGAUUCAUGUGAUUCGAUCUCGGCCUAUACAAAUAACAAUACCGCCUUUAGCCACACCACCCAAGCUCUAAC